CACUAUUCAAUAAUCCCCUCCUAAGAUUUGUUUUUUAAUUUUUUUCAAAUUAGGGGCUCAGUGAGAUUUCACAAAACAAAAAUGGGUAACGGAUUGUGGAAGCAAGAAGCCAGAGCCUCCGUUGAGGAACCAUCGCAGCUGGAAGAUGAGAGACCAAGAGAAUCAAUCAACACAGACCAACAUGCUUGGGCUCUUCCGACAGAAGAUACAUAUUCUUACAAUCAACAAAGGAUUGACUUGGAAUUAUUUGGACCUCAUCCAAGAAUAGUUUUAUUCGGUAGAGUUGGACUUCAUUGCUACAAUUUGCGAAAGGGGACAAACUUACAACUUUUAAAGGUACUCAACUGUGACGCACGGAUGACCUCACUUAUUUCUUAUUCCAUAACUUUGGAGGCAAUGGAUCCAGUAGGCCAUUCCAGUUGUGAGGUACAAGUGCAACUUAGGUAUGCAAUUGAGAAUAUAGGUUGCUUGAGCGCAAUUACAUCGCGAUGCAUAUUAAAGCCGAAAACUCCAGAGGAGGACGACAAACAUUUUGAAUUUAACAAAUAUCUCGUGGAUUAUUUCUACCGAGGUGAUAUGCCCGAGUGGAUCACAGAAGAUGCACUAACGGGAAGGGAUAAGCUGCAAUACUAUGAGAUAAAUUAUUCGGAGUUAGAAGAAGAGAAGGAAUGGCUUGAUCUUUACGCGGAACUCUCAUUGUUCUCCAAAUGGCAAGCUAAUCGGGAUGGGCUGGAGUCUGCAAAGCCAUUUGAAAUGAAGAAGAUAGUUGUAAGAACCAGAGAAAAUGUGGAGUCAUGGAAGAAGGUGAAGGCGAAGAAUGCAAUCUUCUACAUUAGCUUCAAAACCCGAUGCGGCCAAGACUGCAAUGGCAUCAUAAGGAAAACAACAGAUGGUAUGCCAGGCCAUUUUUCGCUUGAAGUCAAAUGUUUUUUGUUGUGAAAGUCCACAAAGUUAUAUAUUUAUGUUUCUUGGUACCUUUACUUAAUAUAUUUUGCUGGACAACAUUUAGAGCAAAGAUCGCCAACAAAAUAAACUAUGGCCAGCAAAUAACAAAUAACAUAACUAUUUUGAUAUUACAACUAGAA